AUUUUUCUCAGGCAAGCAAAGCAAGGCAAUGAGGUAGUGUAAACUUGUGCAACAAGAAUUCUUUUACUUUUGGAAAGUAAAUUAUUGAAAUAAUUUGGUGGAUCGCGUUACUGUUAACAAGGACAGUAACGAAGUAAAGCAAUCAUGGCGGACCCGCUCAGUUUACUCCGGCAAUAUAAUGUAAAUAAAAAAGAAAUAGUGGAACGCGAUAAUCAAAUAAUUUUUGGAGAGUUUUCUUGGCCGAAGAAUGUUAAAACUAACUACCUUAUGUGGGGACCUGGCAAGGAGGGCAGUAUAAAAGAAUAUUACACAUUGGAAUGCCUUCUGUUUAUUCUCAAAAAUAUACACUUAACUCAUCCAGUGUAUGUCAGACAAGCAGCGGCUGCUAAUAUACCUGCAGUGCGCCGCCCAGAUCGUAAAGAAAUAUUGGCAUACCUGAAUGGUGAAACUGCGACUUGUGCUUCAAUUGAUAAAAGUGCCCCUCUGGAAAUUCCAACACAGGUUAAGCGUACCCAUGACAAUGAAGUCGGUGAAUCAGUGGCGAAAAAGCCUCGUAUUGAAGAGACCCACGUACAGAAAGUUCGUGAGCAGCUUGCUGCCCGACUUGAAGUUACUAAAGAAGCUUCUGUCACUGUUGAUAAUAUUAAAUCAUUGUCAGAGGCUAUGUCAGUGGAGAAGAUUGCAGCAAUUAAAGCAAAACGUUUAGCCAAAAAGAGGACUACAAUCAAAAGUAACGACUACUCUGACACCCUUGGUGUUGUUGGUUCAGAUCUAAGAGCUAUCUUAGAUUAUGAUGUGAAUCACAUUAUAAGCCGGGAGAGGCAAUGGAGGACAAGGACUACAGUAUUACAAAGUAACGGAAAAAUAUUUGCCAGGAGUAUUUUGGCACAGCUGCAAUGCAUCCGAGCGCGUGAAGAAGGCAGGCCAGGGGUGCCGCGGCCGCAGCCGGUAGUGCUGCCACAACCUACUGCAUUACCAGCACAGCAGGCGCAGUACAACAGAUACGAUCAGGAAAGAUUUAUAACGAGGAAAGAAGAAACGGAGGGUUUCAAAAUCGACACUAUGGGGACGUAUCACGGCAUGACGUUGAAGUCUGUGACGGAAGGGCCGAGUGCUCCCCUCGCAGCGCGCACCCCACAGAAUCCUAGUCAGCAGCGGCCAAUGCCACAAAUGCCAGUGUCGGCGGGAACGCCGGGCCGGCGCGACCUGCUGCCGGUGGCCGCGGCGCGCCCGCCCGCCGGCGGCGGCAAGCGUCCCUCGCGCACGCCCAUCAUCAUCAUACCGGCCGCUGCCACCUCACUUAUAACCAUGUACAAUGUCAAGGACAUGCUGCAAGAUCACAAAUUCGUCCCGGUAGAGCAAAAAAAAUCCGAAGGCGCAGUCCGCGAAAACGAAGUGCUUCUUCAAAGAAGAAAGGGUGGUGAAAAUAUGCCCGCAAACAACUUCGCUAUUACGGUGCCGUAUCGCGUGGUUGACAACCCGAGCCGCCUGUCGGCCGCCGAGUGGGACCGCGUCGUGGCGGUGUUCGUGCAGGGGCCCGCCUGGCAGUUCAAGGGGUGGCCGUGGGAAGGGAAUCCAGUGCAAAUAUUUGCCAACAUUUGCGCGUUCCACUUGAAGUUCGACGAGAUGAAGUUGGACGCGAACGUGUCGCGGUGGGCGGUCACCGUGCUCAAUUUGAGCCGCACCAAGCGGCAUCUCGACCGCGCCGUGCUACUCGGCUUCUGGGAGACACUGGACAAGCACAUGAUGAAGAAUAAACCUCAUCUUAGAUUCUAGUUUACUUAUAUUAAGCUUUAUAGAGUUCUAAAAUUAUUAAUGAUACCGCGUGUAUAAUAUUAUUAUUAUGUAUUGCCUUCGGAGCGAAGCGUUUUUUAUAGUUUUUAAGUCGAAUGUACUGUUAUAUGCAUCUAGCUAGAUUAUCUAGAAAAAUUACCUACUGUGUACAAUACAAAUAGUUUCAUUGAAAUCACUUAUUAUUAUUAUUAUGUUCGUCCUUUACAUAAUCUCGGGACCAUGGGGUCCCGGACAUUAUUAUUAUUAUUCAAUGUUGCUCCCCGAAUCUUAUAAGCUUAGUCCACACUUGUAGCAAAUUAAUUUACCCUUAGGUAUAUCGCAUAUUUUGUGUCCAGUAUAAAUUACAAACGUGGACUCAGUUCAGGUAGAGGGCAACCUAAGUCAGCCUUUCCCAAAUCUUCGUAGUGGCAGUGGCGGCCUGUCAGGACACGUACAGUAAGCAUUUGUAAAAAAGGCUACGUAUUAAAAUUAUCUCAGAAUCACAAGGUCUUUUAAACCUAACAGGAAAUAAUGGCACAAAGUUUUUUUCCUAUUUUAUUAUGUACCAUAAUUCCAUACACUUUGUAUGGUAUCACAAAGGAAAAUUUCAGAAAUAUAGGGAUUUUUUGGGCCCUUUUCGGUUUGGGAUGGAAAGAGCUGUUGAUUCUGAGUAGAUAUCACAUACAAAUUCCAAAUAAGAAGUGGCAUUUUUUUAGAAAUGCUUCGGUAAUCGAUAGGUAGAUAUGUAAAAAUGCCCAAUGCCUCCAUCCUCUCUUUACACGCUCCCCUAUAUUCUUACAAGUCCCUAUAUUCUUAAAAGGAGGCACUUAAUAAUUGCGGGGUACAAUGUUAUUGUUUCAUAGACGCAUUUAUGUCGUCCUCUUGCAUAACGGAGGUACGUAAAUUGAUCUUGGUACAUUGUGUCAUAAGUAAACCUAAGUUUACCUAGCAAAAACGAGUAAACAAGUAAUAAAUCUAUUAUAGAUUUAUCGAUAAAUCAACUUAUUGAUAAAUAAACAAUAGUUACUAAAACACGAACCUACAUAUAUGUAUUUUGCUUGCUAUGUUUACUGUACGAAUACUGUUCUACAAAUACUAGUCUCUUCCUUAGUUUUUUUCGCUGCCACCGUUCUUUCUUACUAGUUACAUCUGUAUGUACAUUCAUUUUGUUAAUAUGCAAUUAUGCAGCUACGGAAUAUAUGUACAUAGACUAAGUUGUGAGUACAGUCGACAUCAACGUCGAGGUGCUCACAAAUAUCUGAACACGCACUCUAACGCCUUGACAAUAGAGGCGUGUUCAGAUAUUUGUGAGCACCUCGGGCGCUCUGAUAUAUGUGAUGGCGACUGUACAAACAUGGCUUCCAAAACAUUUAAAACUCGCACAGUGAUCCCUUCUCCAUAAUUGUGCAUUCCCCUCCCCAGCUGUGAUAAAACCCAAUAUUCUAAUAUUUACUUCAUUUUGACAUGACAUUUCUUUAAUAUAUGACAUCUUUUACAGUUUAUGACAUUAUAAAGUCUAAUUUUUACUUCAUUUUUGACAUGUAAACUUGUAACAUAAAUAAGAAACUUAGAUUUAUAGGCCACCAAACGAAGCCCAAAAAUUGCCAUUCAGGGGAAAUAAUUCGUGUGUAAACGUAUUUUGGCAUAGAGAUGAAGGUGCUUAUCACAACAUACUAAAAGUACUGAUGGACGGGGGUGAAGCUAACGGGUAGAGGGGGGUGUAAAAGUCCCUUUUUAGGGUUCCGUACCCAAAGGGUAAAAACGGGACCCUAUUACUAAGACUCCGCUGUCCGUCUGUCACCAGGCUGUAUCUCAUGAACCGUUAUAGCUAGACAGUUGAAAUUUUCACAGAUGGUGUAUUUCUGUUGCCGCUAUAACAACAAAUACUAAAAACAGAAUAAAAUGAAUAUUUAAGGGGGGCUCCCAUACAACAAACGUGAUUUUUUUGCCGUUUUUUCGUAAUGGUACGGAACCCUUCGUGCGCGAGUCCGACUCGCACUUGGCCGGUUUUUUAGUUUUUCGUAAAUAACUCGUAAACGGUGGCCCAUAGCAAAAGAUGUCCUUUUACAUAAAUAAUCUACAUAAAAUUGCCUAGGUACAAGAAAGAUUUCAUACACUUUUUCGCCAGGAUCAGUAUUUAAAAAGAUAUUAAACGAGAAAGUUAAUUGAAAUCAAUUCUAUGGUAAGUUUUUUUAUAUUUUCGUAAAUAACUCAUAAACGGUGGCCAAUAGCAAAAAAUUUUGUUGAACUUAAAUAAUCUACACAAAAUUUACUACAAAAAAGACUAUGCAUCCUUUUUGCUAUGAUUAAUAUUUAAAAAGAUAUCAAAUAGGGAAUGUUAAUUAUAAUAAGAUAAAAUUUAUUUCAUUGAAGAAUA